AUGAUAAACCCAAGCGAAGACAAUCUCAAACAGAGCUCCGGACGAGCUCACCAUGAUUUCCAAAAGACUGUCCAAAUAUUGGACCCGAAACUCGUGCCGUCUGCGGAAAGUGGCGCUCCCCGACGGAGGCUGAUCAUCGUGGGCGAUGUUCACGGGCGAGUUUCACAGCUCCAAAAGCUCUUGGAAAAAGUCGGCUUCGAUAAGGAUGCGGGAGACCACCUCGUCUUCACCGGCGACCUCGUCAACAAGGGCCCCGACAGCUCGGGCGUGGUGCAGCUCGCCAUGGACCUCGGCGCCAGCUGCGUCAGGGGCAACAACGAGGACCGCGUGCUGGCGGCACGUGGGUUCAUCGAGCGCGGCGUGGUGAUUGGCCCUACGGGCGAUGACGGGAAACUCUUUUUCGAAGACAGCAAGGAGAAAUUGCCGGCGGAUAUCCCGUACGCCGUGUCGAGCGACUACGUCACUGCGACCCAGCUUUCCGGAGAGCAGGUAUCCUGGCUCUCGUCUCUGCCUCUCAUUCUGCAACUCGGGCCAUUCAAAGGCGCCAAGAGCUGUCCCUGGAAUGCCGGGUCCGUUGUGGUUGCACAUGGUGGUCUGGUACCGUUGGUCCCGCUGGAGGAGCAGGAUCCCUGGGCUGUCAUGAACAUGCGCAGCCUUGUGUACCCAACCGACGGCGCUCAUCCGGAGAAUAUUGAGGUGGCUCUUGCGAAAAGGAUCAAGACCCGCCUAUGUCGACGUGCGGCAUUCCAAGCUACAAAGGAUGAGAGACUCGACGGUGAACUGGCGCGAGUCUUGAGCUUGUGGGAUAGUGAAGAGACUUCAAAGAUUUCAACCGUUCAGGAGGGAAGGACCAUACCCAUUGAGCUCAAGGAUGGGAAGCGCUGGAGAGAUGCCUGGAACGAGACGCAGAACAUAACUGAAGAACCAGAGAAUCGCUCGGUGGUUGUGUAUGGUCACGAUGCCAAGGAAGGGCUUCAGGUGCAACCAGACGUAGAAGUACCGGAAACAUUCAAGGAGAAGGGAAUCAGAGGACUGUGGACUAGAUAUGCGUUUGGUUUGGAUUCUGGCUGCGCGUAUGGAAAGGAGCUCUCGGCGAUGGUUAUUGAAACGAACCCAGACAGAAGCGAUAUUGUGCAUCGCAUAGAGCAGGUUGACAAGGCUGAGGCAUGA